UCGCAGGCUCUAGAGCGCAGGCUCAGUAGUUGUGGCGCACGGACUUAGUUGCUCCGCGGCAUGUGGGAUCUUCCCGGACCAGGGCUCGAACCCGUGUCCCUUGCAUUGGCAGGCGGAUUCUUAACCACUGUACCACCAGAGACGUCGCAAUUUAAAAAUUUUUAAUUGAAAUAUCCUUGACUUACAAUGUUAUGUUAGUUUCAACAUCUGUAUUUUCAAGGUUGAGUAUACGCAGUGUUGCCACCUGCCCUUUUUUUUUUUUUUACUUAACAUUAUCUCAGCCCUUCUCUAUGUCAUGAAAGGCCUGUCAUCAACAUGGCUUUUUCAAGCUACAUAGCAUUUCAGCAUCUAGGCGCGCUGUAAUUUACUUAACCAUUUUCUGGUAAUCAUACCUAACACCGUGAUGGAUUUUUUUUUUUAUAUAAAUUUAUUUAUUUUUGGCUGCGUUGGGUCUUCAUUGCUGCACACAGUCUUUCUCUAGUUGUGGCGAGCCGGGGCUACUCUUUGUUGUGGUGUGCGUACUUCUCAUUGCGGUGGCUUCUCUUGUUGUGGAGCACAGGCUCUAGGUGCGUGGGCCUCUGUAGUUGUGGCGCACAGGCUCAGUAGUUGUGGCUCGCAGGCUCUAGAGCACAGGCUCAGUAGUUGUGGCGCACGGGCGUAGUUGCUCCAAGGCAUGUGGGAUCUUCCCGGAACAGGGCUCAAACCCUUGUCCCCUGCAUUGGCAGGUGGAUUCUUAACCACUGCGCCGCCAGGGGAGUCCCUGUGAUGGGUUGUUUUUGUUUGUUUGUUUGUUUGUUUUUAUUUUUGGCUGCAUUGGGUCUUCGUUGCUGCACGCAGGCUUUCUCUAGUUGCGGCAAGCGGGGGCUACUGUUCGUUGUGGUGCUCGGGCUUCUCAUUGCUGUGGCUUCUCUUGUCGCUGAGCACGGACUCUAGGCACGCGGGCUUCAGUAGUUGUGGCUCACGGGCUCUAGAGCACAGGCUCAGUAGUUGUGGCGCAUGGGCUUAGUUGCUCUGUGGCAUGUGGGAUUUUCCCGGACCAGGGAUCGAACCUGUGUCCCCCGCGUUGACAGGCAGAUUCUUAUCCACUGUGCCACCAGGGAAGCCCCCUUGAUGGGUUUUUUUUUUUUUGGAUGGGUAUUUUUAUACAUAAUUCUUUCUCUGCAUUUUCUUCCUAUUUUCUUAGGAUUAGAUUAUUAGGAGUAGGAUCACAAAGUCAAAACAUAACUCCUUUUUUUGGCCAUGCUGCAUGGCUUGUGGGAUCUUUUUUUAAAAUUCAAUUUAAUUUAAUUUUAUUUAUUUUUGGCUGCAUUAGGUCUUCGUUGCUGUGCACGGGUUUUCUCUAGUUGUGGCGAGUGGGGGCUACUCUUCAUGGCCGUGCGCUGGCCUCUCAUUGCGGUGGCUUCUCUUGUUGAGGAACACGGUCUCUAGGAGUGCCUCAGUAGUUGUGGCUCACAAGCUCUAGAGUGCAGGCUCAGUAGUUGUGGCUCGCGGGCUCUAGAGCGCAGGCUCAGUAGUUGUGGCGCAUGGGCUUAGUUGCUCCGCGGCAUGUGGGAUCUUCCAGGACCAGGGCUCGUACCUGUGUCCCCUGCAUUGGCAGGCGGAUUCUUAACCACUGUGCCACCGGGGAAGCCAGGCCUGUGGGAUCUUAGUUCCCCAACCAGGGAUUGAACCUGGGCCUUCGGCUGUGAAAGCGUGGAGUCCUAACCACUGGACCGCCGGGGAAUUCCCAUAACAUGUAUUUUUAAGUUUCCUGAUGCACAUGGCCAGGAAGGUCUAUUGAACAGUUUAAAGGUCAUAUAAACAUCAACUCUCUCACAACAUUAAUUCUCUCACAGCUCUGUAGAGCCGAUAUUGUUAUUAUUCUCUCUCUUUUUUUUUUUUUUUGAUUGGGGAAUGUACAGUAAGUGGCAGCGCUGAGACUUGAACCCAGGCCGAUCAGCUCCAUCCUCCUGACUGAGGGGCCAGGCUGAUGGCGUUGGGAGCUGUGCCCUCCCUGGCAGUGUCGGGGUGCCCAUCUCAGAGACCAUCUUGUCCUUGGUGAACUGUCACCUUCAGACCUGCCCCGCCUGCUCUCUGCAGCUGGCAGGGAGCUGAUGAGCGGGGAGGCCUUCCGGCGGGCGCGGCACGUGGUGGGCGAGAUCCAGCGCACAGCCCAGGCAGCAGCCGCCCUGAGCCGCGGCGACUACAGAGCCUUCGGCCGCCUCAUGGUGGAGAGUCACCACUCGCUCAGGGAUGACUACGAGGUGAGCUGCCCCGAGCUGGAUCAGCUGGUGGAGGCUGCGCUCUCUGCGCCCGGGGUUUAUGGCAGCCGCAUGACAGGCGGCGGCUUCGGUGGCUGCACGGUGACCCUGCUGGAGGCCUCCGCCGCUUCCCUAGCGAUGCAGCACAUCCAGGGGCAGUACAGCGGGACCGCCACCUUCUACCUUUCCCAGGCGGCCGACGGCGCCCAGGUGCUGUGCUUGUGAGGCCCUCCCAGGCCGGCCCACGGCAGGCCUGCCCUCCAACCUGGGUGCUCAAUAAACUUGUAUUACCUCUGGCUCUGAUA